AUGUCCAAGCAACAGAAGCACGUCCGCUUCGACGACACGCCCUCACCCGCGUCGUCCUCAUCAUCCCUUCCCUCUGAGGAGGAACCAUGCACUCCCCCACCCCUUGGGUUCAACUCUCCCUACCACUGCACACCGCUCCCAGGGACGUCCGCCGUCAACCCCUUCCUCGAGCCCAAGAACGGAAUGUUCAACUGCGACAUCACCCAGCACCCCGUGUACAUGGCGCACUCCGUUCCCGCUCACAUCUGGGACCAGCCUGCCACCCACCCUUCCGCGCCAUCCUUGGUCGUCGUGUGUGAUCGACUUCCAUGGAUGCUCACCAUCUACCCGACGAGCAGCCACAGGUCAUAUGUCACCGUGCGCGACGUGUUCGACGGAAUAUACACUGCUCUACGCAAACCCGUCCUGACCGCCGAGCUCGCCACUCUUUCCCCUGCUGGGAAGGCCGCCGUCACCGCGGCGUAUCACGAACGAUGCAGGAGGAUCGUCGACCCUGAGAUGUUUGAGAUGGAGAUGAGCAAGGGGUUCAAACGCGUUGACUUCCUUGGGAAGCAUACGACGUUCUAUGGUAUUAAGUCGAGCAAAGUGCCAGGGAGAUGGGACCUUAUGCUGAAGUGA